AUGGGUCUCCAUAUUCUUCUUAGGGCUAGUUUGGGAGCCUCAAUUCCCACCGGGAUCCCGGCCUUUUCCCCGGGCAGGAGGCCCACGUGGAAAUUUGGCCGGACUAAACUUUCCCGCUGUUUGGAAGCCCAGGCCAGGGGGCUGGACGACCCGACCCUCGCAUUUUCCCCGGGGAGGCUCGUCCCCACCUCUUGGGUCCGGGCACGUCUUCCCCGUCCUCUCGCGAGUGACGCGAGGCGAGCGUUGUGUCUCCGGCUCUCCACCGCGCCGCACCCAGCCUCCCCGCUCUGCUCCUCGUCCAAGUGCUGCGGCACCAACCUUGCGCCUCCCCGUCGGCGCCGCCCCUUCGUCUCCCUAUGUCCCGCGCCCCUCGGAGGUGAGCCGGUCCGCAGCUUCUCCUCUGUCGUCAACUCCGCUGCGACCUUCGCCUCGGCGCACGCAGCUGAAGCAGCUCCGGGCACAGUGCCUCGUGUUCCUUACUUUCAGGUAGCAAUAACGGUGGCGGUGCAGGAGGAGACCGGCAAGGAGCCGAUGGUGACGACUGACGACAGCCGUGGUGAAACCGGGAUGUCGUUCUCUGCAGCGAUUGCUGGGUUGCCACCACCUAUGCUUCUUGGCCUGUCCUCACUGCAGCUGUUGAGUCCCCAGGCGGCUGAACCAGAAGAGUGAUAGAUGGAGGAGUGAGCAAAAAAUACAGCGAUUGAAGGGGAUUGCAUCAGAAUUGUCUCGCUCCUAGCUUCUUGCCCUUUUUCAGCAAUAUCGUCAGCUUCAGAUUCUAGAGAUCAGAUGCCUUGUGUAGUUUCCUUACAACUCAUGAACAUGAUUGUAUAUGCAGGAUUUGUACGGUAUGAUCUCCCUAAAUUCAUAUAUAUGAUUCUAAACUUAUGAUAAAAUGCUAGGUUUGUUCUGCCUAUCUCCUGUAUACAAAUGCAGUGAUGGAUCAACUUAUCAUGUAUUUCGAUGCAAAAUUUAAUAGAUUAA